AUUUGGAACAACUCCAAGGUGAGUAAACGAUGACAGAAUUUUCAUUUUUGGGUGAAGUAUCCCUUUAACCUCUGAUUGGCCCACAUGCAAACUGGGAGGAGAUACGACGGGAAUAAAGGAAAAUGAGCUCUUCUGUGUGGUCAUACAUUUCUUCUUCAUGCUUGGAGAAGUUUGAGAACUCACAAAAAGAGUACUGUGGUGGCAGUUAAUGUAUACUUACUUUAGCACAGUGAGUGUCAUUGGGAACAUAACUGUCGAAACGAAGCAAGCAUGGCGAAUCUCAGAUAAAGGAAUACACAGGUGGAGACAUAAAAGGAGCAGUCGGUGUCCUUUUCAUCAAUACAGUUUAAAAGGGCUAUAAGAGGUGUCUGCACAUCACUCCUGAAUGGAAUAGAAGGACGGCAGGACAAAGCACAUUUGUACAGGAGUUGCGCUUACAAUCCAUGUAACCAAACUUACUUUAUUUGAGAAGGUGACGCUCUUUGCGCACCGAGUGCGUUGCGUAAAACGCACGAAAAAGGGAAGCAGUCAUCUGCGUGGAUAGCAAGAACAUAUCAUCUCAAAGGGACCGUGGUUAAGUGUUUCUUAAAGAAAGCUUUAAAGGACCCUGGACUUUGAGAGAACUGAGUUGCAACGCAUUCUCCCAUGAGGCUGGAAGGCGCCAGAAUGGACUUAAUAAAAAAACUAUGGACGGCUCGGAAACUCAUUCUCGUGGUCAUGAUCCCGUUAUCGCUGUUGCCUCUUCCACUCAUUCACCCGUGCAGCGAAUCCUCUUGCGCUUACGUCCUGAUUGUUACCGCGGUAUACUGGGUAUCUGAAGCUGUUCCACUGGGAGCUGCAGCACUGGUGCCAGCCUUCCUGUACCCGCUGUUUGGGGUCCUUAAAUCCAGUGAGGUGGCCUCUGAAUAUUUUAAGGACACGACUCUACUGCUGAUGGGAGUCAUAUGUUUGGCUGCAUCCAUUGAGAAAUGGAACCUGCAUAAACGCAUCGCCCUCCGUAUGGUCAUGAUCGCUGGAGCCAAACCGGGCAUGCUGGUGUUGGGGUUCAUGUGCUGCACGGUCUUCCUCUCCAUGUGGCUGAGCAACACGUCCACCACAGCCAUGGUGAUGCCCAUCGCUGAAGCCGUGCUACAGCAACUCAUCUGCACUGGAAUAGCGGAUUCACUCGAUGACUCUGUAACCGUGGAUACACAGGAAGAGGAAAGCGAAAAAGAGGAAAACCACAAACCCAUCAACAAUGAACUUGAACUGAUGAACUGCAAAGACAAUGAGAAACAUGAAGUCUGCAUGCUGAGAGAGGAGUCAAACGGUCUAGCAUUAAAGCCUGCUUUCGUCACAGCAUUUUCUAAACGAUCAAAUGGAUAUCUCCCAGAGGCCCCAAUUAGCAUUCCUGCGCCACCAAAGAAACCCAAAAUCCGGAGAGACUCUUUGUACCCGACCAAGAGAGAUCACAUGAUCUGCAAGUGUCUGUCCCUCAGCAUCACGUACGCGGCCACCAUUGGUGGUCUCAUCACCAUAACCGGCACGUCCACCAACCUCAUCUUCGCUGAACAAUUCAACAAUCGUUACCCGGAGGCAAAAGUCAUCAAUUUUGGCACUUGGUUCAUCUUCAGUUUGCCGAUCGCUCUCAUCAUGUUGGUUCUGACCUGGAUAUGGCUGCACUUUUUAUUUUUGGGAUGCAAUUUUAAAGAGACUUGCUCUCUCAGCAAAAAACGCAAGACCAGGCGCGAGAUCCUGUCGGAGAAACGUAUUCAUGAGGAGUAUCAGAAACUUGGCCCCAUUAGUUAUCCUGAAGUUGUGACGGGCGUUUUCUUCAUUCUGAUGACCGUACUUUGGUUCACCAGGGAGCCAGGAUUCGUUCCCGGCUGGACGUCCCUAUUUGAGAAGAAGGGCUACAGGACGGAUGCCACAGUGUCGGUGCUCCUCGGGUUCCUCCUCUUUCUCAUCCCCUCUCGAAAGCCAUGGCCAUCUGCAUUCUCCAGCGAGAGCACAGGUGAUGAUGAGGAUGAGGAAGAUGACCCGCUGGCCCCGAUGAUCACGUGGAAAGACUUCCAGAGACUGAUGCCGUGGGAAAUCGUCAUUCUGGUUGGAGGGGGUUACGCGCUGGCCGCAGGAUGCAAGGUGUCAGGACUCUCCAUGUGGAUCGGUCGGCAGCUGGAGCCAAUGAGUGGUCUUCCUCCGUGGGCCGUCACACUGCUGGCCUGCCUUCUCGUGUCAGCCGUCACAGAGUUCGCCAGCAACCCGGCCACACUCACCGUGUUCCUGCCCAUCCUCUCAGCUCUGUCAGAGACUCUGCAGAUCAACCCCCUGCACACGCUGAUUCCCGCCACCAUGUGCGUGUCCUUCGGUGUCAUGCUGCCUGUUGGAAACCCGCCGAACGCCAUAGUGUUCAGUUACGGACACGUGCAGAUCAGCGACAUGGUAAAAGCUGGCUUUGGAGUGAAUCUGAUUGGAGUUUUUGUGGUCAUGCUGGCCAUAUUGACAUGGGGAGAGCCACUGUUCCACCUGAGCGAGUUCCCCGCCUGGGCAGUGAUGCGUAACGUGACGGGCAACUUGUAGCUGACGGCAAGCAGAGGAGGCACGUGUGUUUUUGUGACCGAGUUAGUGUGUGAAUGACAUGUAGGGACUGAGGACACUGAAUAUACACUGAAGGAGGCACAUACAUGUUUCACAAGUUUUGUUUUGUCCUGUCUGUGGAGUAAAGAAGACCAUGUAUUUAUCCGUGGGAAUGAUUUCUCUGAGCCUAUAAGAAUUCCUCACACAUUCAGAUGAAAUGUUUCAUGCAUUACAUUUAAUAAUUUGCCAUUACAAUCGAUGGCAGGCAUUCAAAGUUACCCGCUUCUUUUCACUUAUAAAUCAACGCUGCCUUUAAGUGUUAGACGGAGAUUACAUCAGCUGAACUUCAUGUGCCUACAUACAACGAAAUGCAAUCACCCAUGCACGUACCGACUGAAUGCUUUAUUUUCUGAUGCCUAACAUGUGUCGCAAUACAUUUGCAUUAUUUACUGUACAUGAGUGUUGUGAGGGAGAUUAAUUUUCAGAUGAAGUAGCUGAAAUCGUGCCUAACAUGCUGUUACCAAAAUGUUACUUAGGUUUUGUGGUCUGGUCACAGAAGAUUAUUGCAAGUGUUAUGUAAAAAAAUCUACUGGAAUUAUUCAUUAUUCUUACAAUCGCACGUUCAAUUGCUUUUGAAAGGUACAUAAUGAAGACUAACAUUUUGUUAUCGCCGACCAUCCAGUGGCCCAUUCAUGACCGAAUCACUGUAAUACGUUUUGCGCUCGAUCUGCAACAAAGCCUUUGUUUAACCUGAUAUCUCCAAAACAAAUAAAACACUGUAUUUUUG